AUGUCGAUGUGCAUAGUGCCGCGGUACCGCUGCACCAUCUCCUCCUUGCCCUCGACGCCCUCUAGCAGCAGCCAGCGCGGCUCUCGCGCCAGCUGCAGCAGCGCCUGCUCGUUGACCUCGCCGUCCGCCGUGGUCCAGGCCUCCCUCGUCUCCAUCUGCCGCGGCGUCAUGUCGGGCGCAGAGAGGUGCUUGGCCACGUAG